CUUUUUAUUCGAAAAUCAGACCUGGAUGUGGAAGCAGUUCCUUUCUUUUUGCGUUAGCACGGAUGCGACGUACUGGCAUUCAGCUCAAUCUCUGUAGUUUUCUUGUUUGUUGGCGUGAAUUUAGUUUCUGAGACUGAAACUUCGUGCUAGGGAUUUUGUGAGGUUGUCCCUUGCGGAUCCAUUUUGACAUCUUUCCACGGUUUUGCUAUAAAAGCAAUUUGUGGGAUGUGCUUAGGGUUUCUGCUAAUAUUUUAGAUUGGGUUGAUUUAUCAUGAGAAUUACGGAAUUGGAGGAGGGGCGGUCGGGGAGCUGUUUUAGAGAUGAGAUUGGGACAACGAGGGCUAAGAGGGUGUUAGUUGGUUUGGGAGCGAGGACUCUGUUCUACCCAACGCUUUUCUACAAUGUCCUCCGCAAUCAGAUCCAGUCGGAGUUUCGAUGGUGGGAUGAAGUAGAUCAGUAUCUUUUGCUUGGAGCUGUUCCUUUUCAGAAAGAUGUUCUUCACUUACAAAAGCUCGGAGUUAAGGGUGUUGUCACUCUAAAUGAACCAUAUGAGACUUUGGUUCCGUCAUCUUUGUUUAAAGUGCAUGGAAUUGAUAAUCUCGUGAUUCCGACCAGAGAUUACUUUUUUGCUCCUUCACUUGUUGAUAUAUUCAGAGCCGUGGAUUUCAUACGUAGAAAUGCAUCCUGUGGGAGUACUACCUAUGUUCACUGUAAAGCUGGAAGGGGACGUAGUACCACCAUUGUUUUAUGCUAUUUGAUAGAAUACAAGAAUAUGACACCUGCUGAUGCUUUGGAAUAUGUUCGUUUAAGAAGGCCUCGGGUGCUGUUGGCUCCAUCACAGUGGCAGGCUGUUCAAGAAUAUUAUAGCAAGCGCAGAUCAGAAUUCCCAGCCAAGCAGAGCUGUUCACAGAAAAGUUGGCCUGCAGGUGACACCGUCCUGAUAACUGAAGCUGAUCUUGAAGGGUAUGCAACUAGUGAGGAUUACUAUCAAGAUCAGAUAAUUUUACUAAACUCAGAGAAAGUGGUACUGGCCGAGGCUUCCCCAACUGUUUCUGUACUAGAAGAUGAGGUGCUGAUCACUGAAAAAGAUCUGGAAGGGUAUGAAAGCAGCCGUGACAAGGUUUCUGAUGAUCAGAGAUUCUCUUUAUUUGGCCUUACCAGAUCAAGGCCCAUGGUCUCAAAGCUAACUUGCCUCUUUUCAUCCUUAAAAUUUUCAAGCAGUAGCUCUCCUGCUACCAGCUUGGUUCAUGAAGUCCCAGCUUGCUAAAUUUAUCCUUAGCUUGUAGGUCAGGAAGAAGUGAGGAGUAAAUAUUAGCGGUAAUUGUUUGUGUGUAUCAUUAACGGUAGUAGGGCCGAAUAUUAUCAAUCCCGAUCCCGAGGAAAUUUGAAACAAUAGUCUCCAUUACUUUUUGUUUGAUUCACCCCACCAUUUUUAAUCUCUUUGGGCUUGUAAAUGCUGUCAUCAUAUCCGUGUUGCAUAGUUUCCCUUUUAUUUUUUUUGGUUUGUAGUUCUCUGUUGACGUUUA